AUGACCGUGAUAGCAGGUGACAACAUGGAUGAGACCUCGGCUGUCCCCGGUCAUCCUCAGGACACUUACCCCCCAGACCACAAUGACCAUGAAUGUUGUGAAAGGGUGGUCAUCAACAUAGCUGGUCUUCGCUUUGAAACCCAGUUGAAAACUCUUUCUCAAUUCCCAGAGACAUUACUUGGAAACCCCAAAAAGCGGAUGCGAUAUUUUGACCCACUAAGAAAUGAGUACUUCUUUGACAGGAACCGCCCAAGUUUUGACGCCAUCCUCUAUUACUAUCAGUCUGGAGGUCGCCUUAGAAGACCAGUGAAUGUCCCAUUAGAUAUGUUCUCAGAAGAAAUAAAAUUCUAUGAACUAGGUGUAGAAGCAAUGGAGAAAUUUCGUGAAGAUGAAGGUUUUAUCAAAGAAGAAGAGAGGCCUUUACCAGAGAAGGAAUUUCAGCGUCAGGUUUGGCUCCUGUUUGAGCAUCCUGAAAGCUCAAGCACCGCCAGAGGCAUUGCCAUUGUGUCAGUCAUGGUCAUCCUCAUUUCAAUAGUUAUUUUUUGUUUGGAAACAUUACCACAGCUCAAAGAGGAUCCAAGGGGACGGAUGGAGACUGUGGGGAACACUACAGUUUAUUACAAGCCAAAUAUUCUCACAGAUCCCUUCUUUGUCAUUGAGACACUCUGUAUUAUCUGGUUCUCCUUUGAGUUGAUAGUGCGCUUCCUGGCAUGUCCAAGCAAGCCUGCCUUCUUCAAGAACAUGAUGAAUACGAUUGACAUAGUGGCCAUCAUUCCCUACUUUAUUACACUGGGCACUGAGUUGGCUGAAGACCCAAACAAUGAGAGCGUGGGGGAGCAGGCCACAUCUCUGGCCAUUCUCCGAGUCAUCCGUUUGGUCAGAGUGUUUAGGAUCUUUAAGCUGUCCCGACACUCCAAAGGUCUACAGAUUUUGGGCCAGACUCUCAAGGCCAGUAUGAGAGAGCUGGGGUUGUUGAUCUUUUUUCUGUUCAUUGGAGUCAUCUUAUUCUCCAGUGCUGUGUACUUUGCUGAGGCAGAGGAGGAUGGGUCCAUGUUCAGCAGUAUACCAGAUGCCUUUUGGUGGGCUGUCGUGUCUAUGACAACUGUGGGCUAUGGGGACAUGGUCCCUGUCACCAUAGGAGGCAAGAUUGUAGGUUCCUUGUGCGCCAUUGCUGGAGUGUUGACAAUUGCACUACCAGUCCCUGUCAUUGUGUCUAACUUUAACUACUUCUACCACAGAGAGACAGAGGGAGAAGAGCAGGCCCAACUACUCAAAGUUAGCAACCCCAACAUCCCUUCUGAAUCUAACUCAAGUCGCCGCAGUUCAUCUACUGUGAGCAAAUCAGAAUACAUGGAGAUUGAUGGAGACAUUAAUAAUAGCAUUGACAACUUUAGAGAGGCAAAUCUAAGAACUGGUAAUUGCACUAUAGCCAACCAAAACUGUGUGAAUAAAAGCAAGCUGCUUACAGAUGUUUAG